ACUUGCGCGCGGCGGUGCCGGUUGCCGAGCAGCGGGACGCGUAGGCUCAGAUCGCACUGUUGUUAAGAAAAAUCAUCGUCUGCUUUUCUGUUGUCGUUCCGGUUUAGAGAUCACCGCUGAGAAGGAUGACGGCGGGCUCUGUGUCGGUGCCGCAGGUCAUACCCCUUCGGAGCCCUCUUCCAGGGCGGGCCAAGCACCGGAUAGACACCAGUACUCGACUAGAAAUAAAGUCAGAUACACCUGAGGUCUCUAUUUAUUACACUUUAGAUGGAAGUAAACCAGAACUUUUUAGGAAACCUGGCUAUGGAGAGCAUAACACUUUUAAGUACAAGAGUCCUAUCACGUUACCAGUUGGGAAAAUAACAGUCAAGGCUCUUGCAGUUACCAAGGACUGCAGGGAGAGUGCUGUUGUAACAAAGGUGUUUCUAGUAGAGUACAAGCAACCAAACAUCCUCUUCUCUAUGGAAGACGAUGACAAGAAGUUCCUAAAAGAUGUCACAACACAGGAGAAGGAAGAUGAAAUGUUUACUACAAAACUAAAGAAAAAUGGUCUGGAUGUGGAAAUCAAGCCUGCCUGGAGUGAAUCACCCCAGGAAUUUCAAGACUUGGAGACAGAAAGAAAGAUUGAGCACAAGCCCCUGCAAGGACCACAGCUCCUGAGCAGCCCUUUGGGAACAGCAGGGUAUGGAGAGGAUUCCUCAGCACUACCAACAGAGUCCUUACAGUUUGCCAGUUCUGCAGUGCCCAGCCGGAAGAGCCUAGCAAGCACACAGGUGGCAAGGAUCCAGAGAGAGAGAGAUUUCCUCAGAUGUGCAUACUGCUCUGCACCUCGCCUGUCUGACCCCUCGGCUCACUUCUGCCAGGAAUGUGGCUCUCCUAUCCCACCCAUGCCAGUGCGCCGCUUCCCAUCCCCUGAAGGAGCACAGAUGGCACCAUGUCUUGAAUGCAAACAUCUCGUGCCAAUGAAUACGCCCACCUGCAUUGUGUGUGAGUCACCAAUAGAUCCACAACUGCAGCCCCAGACCAACACCUGCUUUAAGGGCAAAGUGAUUUGUCAGGCAUGUGGCACAGGAAAUCCUCUUCACCUUAAACAUUGCGUGACCUGUGAAAGCAAACUGCCUGAAACACAGAUGCCCACGUUGGGAAGAGAUCCUCCCCCACCUUACACCAGUCAGCAAGGGAAGACAGUAUUCUGCUCAAAAUGCAAUCGUGUGAACCACUGUGAUGCACGUUUCUGUGACUGGUGUGGAGCCAAGCCUGACCCUCUGCCAUGCUACUUUACUUGUUACAAGUGUGGUACAAAAACUCGUCCAUAUGCUCGUUUCUGUGGGUCCUGUGGUGUUUACAUAGAGCCCCCAUCAAGGUUGAGUUCUCAAAAUGGAGUUCACAUGGAUUCUGGAGACUCGCUGAGAUUUUCUGAGCCUAAAUCACUUCAAGCUCAAAUUGCCUGGCAGCCUCUUCCUAUUUCCUUCUCCAAAUCGAGAACAGAACUAAAAGAAACAGAAGAUAAAGGAACCCAAACCGUUGGACUUUUUUACCCGUCUAGCAAACUGCUGGAAAAGAAGGAACUUGAGCUGGUUUUACACAAGGAAAAGCUGCAAAAGAUGAGUGAUCAUAAGCCUCUCCUGACAGCUAUAAGUCCUGGAAAAGGCUACUGGAGAAAACAGCUGGAUCACAUUUGUGCUCACCUUAGAAGCUAUGCUCAGAACAACCUUGAAUUCAGAGCACUGGUUGGAGAACCUCGAAUGGGAAAGAUUACUUCUGCUGCCCUCCAUGAGAACGACCAUCAAGUCACUAUUACGUUAAAUUAUGCUCUUGCUAUUAACAAGGGUGUUCAUACCAAACCAGUCAAGUUCAAUAAUCAUUACCUGACCAGCGUAACAGAGGGCAGAGAUGAACAGGAUGGCAGUCAGCCUAGUUCUGGCAAAGAAGAUCAUAAUCUUUCAUAUUCAAGAGGCAAAAUAAAGAGAACAAAAUCAAGAACACUCACAGAAAAAGAAGAUAAUCUCCUGCCAGAGUCCCAGCAACUACUGGAUGAACUGGGUACAAAGGGGAAAGGAAGAAUCGCCUUGAUAGAACAGUUGCUUAGUGAAGGAGCUGACCCAAACUGCACCAACACUGAGGGCCGACCUGCUCUGACGGUGGCUGUCCUUAACAGGCAUGCAGAAGUGAUCUCUCUUCUUGUACAGAAAGGUGCUGACAUUGACCAGCAGUCAGGACUGGUUUCCUUAGCAAAGAAGUACAUUGCUGACUCCUUCCCUGCAGGCACAACAACACCGCUCUGCAUGAGGCAGUUCUGCUUGGACUGGAGGGAAAGGAAUGUAUCCGAGCCCUGUUACGCUGCAAUGCAAGUAUUAAAAAGAAGAAUACAAAAGGACAAUCGGCAUAUGAUUUGGCUGUUACAGCUGGAAGUAACGAAAUUAUUUCAUUGUUUGCAAGUGAGCUUGGACAGGGAAUGUUGGAUAGCCUCACAAAACCAAGGGACAUUGGUCUUGUCAGCAUUUGAUUACAACUGCCUUUUCUCCAAGAUAGAGCUCAAGGUUCUCCGAAUUCAAGAGAACUUAAACUUGCACAUCCAGUCCAGUUUGGCCUGCAGACUUUGCUGAA